GGCUGCCGGGGGCGGUGGCGGCGGCGGCCUGGGGAGGCGGCGGCCUGGCUCGGCCUGGCGUGGCCUGUCAGGGCGCGGGCGGCGGCGGCUCCAGCACCAUGUCCCUGCAGUACGGGGCGGAGGAGACGCCCCUCGCCGGCAGUUACGGCCCGGCGGACUCGUUCCCAAAGGACUUCGGCUACGGCGUGGAGGAGGAAGAAGAGGAGGCGACAGCCGCGGGCGGCGGGGUUGGGGCGGGGGCCGGCGGAGGCUGUGGCCCGGGGGGCGCUGACAGCUCCAAGCCUAGGAUUCUGCUCAUGGGGCUCAGGCGCAGCGGCAAGUCCUCCAUCCAGAAGGUGGUGUUUCAUAAAAUGUCACCCAACGAGACCCUCUUUUUGGAAAGUACCAACAAGAUUUACAAAGAUGACAUUUCAAAUAGCUCCUUUGUGAAUUUCCAAAUAUGGGAUUUUCCUGGGCAAAUGGACUUUUUCGACCCUACUUUUGACUACGAGAUGAUCUUCAGGGGAACAGGAGCUUUGAUAUAUGUCAUUGAUGCACAGGAUGACUACAUGGAGGCUUUAACAAGACUUCACAUUACUGUUUCUAAAGCCUACAAAGUUAACCCAGACAUGAAUUUUGAGGUUUUUAUUCACAAAGUUGAUGGUCUGUCUGAUGAUCACAAAAUAGAAACACAGAGGGACAUUCAUCAAAGGGCCAAUGAUGACCUUGCAGAUGCUGGGCUAGAAAAACUCCACCUUAGCUUUUAUUUGACUAGUAUCUAUGACCAUUCAAUAUUUGAAGCCUUUAGUAAGGUGGUGCAGAAACUUAUCCCACAACUACCGACCUUGGAAAAUCUAUUAAAUAUCUUUAUAUCAAAUUCAGGUAUUGAAAAAGCUUUUCUCUUCGAUGUUGUCAGCAAAAUCUACAUUGCAACGGACAGUUCUCCUGUGGAUAUGCAGUCGUAUGAACUUUGCUGUGACAUGAUUGAUGUUGUAAUUGAUGUGUCUUGUAUAUAUGGGUUAAAGGAAGAUGGAAGUGGAAGUGCUUACGACAAAGAAUCUAUGGCCAUCAUCAAGCUGAAUAACACAACGGUCUUGUAUUUAAAGGAGGUGACUAAAUUUUUGGCACUGGUCUGCAUCCUUAGGGAAGAAAGUUUUGAACGAAAAGGUUUAAUAGACUACAACUUCCAUUGUUUCCGAAAAGCUAUUCAUGAGGUGUUUGAGGUGGGUGUGACUUCUCACAGGAGCUGUGGUCACCAGACCAGUGCCCCCAGCCUGAAAGCGUUGACACACAACGGCACGCCACGAAAUGCCAUCUAGCCUGAAUGCCAGUGGUCGGGGUCUGUGCCAGCUUAUUCUUCACUCCAGGGUCAGAUGCCACGUGCUACAGGACAUGGAAGUUGCCGCUUGUGGGAAUCUGGUGCCUGUUGCACUAGAGACAAGGGGUAGAGUUUCUCAUUUGGAUGAAAACCCCUUCACCAGUGGUGUGCAACUGAAGCUACUAUUUCUUUUUUUUAAAAAAAUGGCAAAAAAGAAUUCUAUAGACCACAGACCUCAAGUGUCUUUCUCCUCUUGGGGGUCCUACUUUAAGUAGUUGGGAUAUUUUGGACCUGGAGAUAACAUCACUUACCCAUCCUUACCAGAGAAUGUUACUGUCAAUUACCAGUUGAAAAUAAUAGAAAGAACUGAGUUUUUAUAUGCUUCGCUUAGAUUUUCAUUUGAGUAGUCUCUGAAAAUCCUGCCUUGCUUAAGUUCUAACACUGCCUCUCAGAUUUCAAUUUUGGACCUUGCACACCUCAGACCUUCUAAAUGCAUUUGCUUGCUAACUCAGAAGACACAUGGUCUGACUGCAGCAAAGGACAUUCCUGUAUUUGUUUCUGAAGAAAUGAGAAAAUUUUAUGCUGCAUCAAGUCGAGAGCAAGGCUCAACAGUGGCCGCUGCAUUAGUUCCCUCGGAAGUGUUGAAGAACAAACUUUAAAACAGAAGAAAAUUUUUGCACCUGUGUUUUGGGUACCAGAUACCUGGGUUCUUGCUCCCACGUUAGAUAAAUGAUUCUGAUCACUGUAACAAAGGGAAUUUAAAAAAAAUUUGUUUUCCCCGCAAUCUCCUCCUCUUAGGAGGGAAACUCAUUAUGUCACUGAAUUAUGUAGCUCACUUUUCUUUAAACUUGAUACCAGCCCCCACAUUCCUUUUAUUCUGAGCUAUCGAGAUCCUUUAAGAAUUGCUGUUUUGUUGAUCCUGAAUGACCCUAAGGCGCUGGUGGACUGCCCACUGGGACUUGAAGAGAGCACAUGGCACCACGACGUGUUGUUAAACAUACUUCGUCUUCAGUAUUCUGACGCCAAGUGUCAACUGUGGUACUUUCUUCACCUAGGAUAUUAAUUCAUAAUUGUUUCUUUUUGUUGAAGGUUGAUACCCUUUUCCAUUGACUUAAACUUACACGUUAUUUUUACUCCACAUGCCCAGUAGUCAUAUAUUCCAAAGCCACUGGACCACUUGAGUACAUAAGUGCCACUGUUUAAUGAAAUAUGUAUAUUCAGGUCUGUAAACCUAACCGUGUGACUUGGAGUGCUUCCUGCAGACGAUUCUGACUGUUGAGUAUUUACAUGGACCAUGGUGAUAUCCAAAAAAAAAACGCUUUUAUAUUUAUAGAUUAUUUCAUUGAACUAUAUAAAAUGGGUAUCAAUAAAUGUAUUUACUCCAGAAUAAGUUUUUUAUUUGCCUAAGGUAAUAGAAGGUUGGGGUGAUGGAACAUUGGCUUGUCCCGCUCUGUCAUUAUCCAUUUCUUCUUCUUCUUUUGCUGCCUCAUGUGGUUAAAAUGCCUUAUGUUUCAGGACUUCCAAGUUCUGUCCUGUUGCAGGAAUUUCAUGCCUUGUGUCCAGAUAUCAUCUCCUGGCCCAUUUCUGUUUAGGGUAGGAGGUCUAGGUAAAAAUGGUGUUUCAUACCAACAGAUCUCACUCAUGGUGGGGAGUAUCCAGGGCCUGGCAUAAUUGAUGUAUGAUAUCCAAACCAGGAAGCGGUUCAGUGGAUGAGAUGAGUAGAAUACAGUAUACAAAAUUUGUACCGAUUCCAGCUCAUUUUUCAUUUCUUCUGGUUUCUGAGAUACUCAUUAUUGACCAUUCAGUGUAAGUUCUGCUUACAUAGUUAGGUUGGGUCUCAACUGGUUGGAGUAAAGUAUACAUCAGUUUAUAGAAAGGAGGGAGGUAGAGGUUGAAAGAUCUUUAAUUUCAUGAUUGGAUUACUUUAGUUAAUUUUAAAACAAUUGGAAAUCACAAAAAUAGAUUUAAAAACUUAAAAUACUAUCUAAUCCUGUAUCCUUUUUCAAAUUAUGGGAACUGAAGUCCAGAGGAGUAAAGAACAUUGUCUAGGGUAAUAGAUGGGAUGAACAUGUUAACUUAAACUCCAAAUCAGGGUACUGUUGAGAGCGGAAGGGAUGCCAUUGAUAAUUAUGCCAGAGCAAUGGGUGUAAACUACGCUGUUCUGGGUAAACCAGGGGGCAACCCAGUCAUAGAUGUAGUUAGUGGUGAAGUGGGGGCCGGUGCUGCAGACCUGGCAGCCCAGUGCUGCCUGCCUCAUCUCCAGCCUCAGGCUCCCAUUGGCUCAAUGGAGAUGAUGCCUCAAGAUGAGUGUACCGUGGCACAUAGGUGCCCAAGAAAUAUUUUUUCCUACUACUAUGGAAAAUUAUAAAUUCAGGGAGUGAUUAAGGAGAACAGGUGAAAACUGGUGGAAUAGAAAUAAAGUGAAUGAAGAAAGGGGACAACUCGGAAAAGGAAAUGGAAAAAUCAGAAAACUAUCAAGGAGGGUUUGCCUGAAAUGUUUUGCAUCUCGAUGGGUGUUUAUCUGCACCUGGCUACCUCAGAGAGCUGGGAGAGAUGGUGAAAUAAAACCUUUUAAAUCCUUUGCAGCAGGGUGUUUGAGCUGUUUUACAUACCACUACCUCUCCUGUUCACACACAUACAUACACACAUUCACACAUGCACAUGUGUACACACACAGACACGUAUGUAAUGAUGUCCCAAUACAGAAUGCUCAAGUUAUUUGGAAUUGUAUUAAUUUACCUCCUACGUUUA